CUGCAGGCUUGGGAUCCUGCAGGAGAGGGGGUGGGACCUCGGCUCUGGAGGCAGCGCGCUCGCCGGCAGCGUCGUGUGGCUUCUCCCGCUCCCGUGGCGGCGGCGGCGCUCGCUUCGGUGUCUCCCGCGCGCACCCCAGCCGCCUCCUAGCGGCGCGGCGCCCGCUCCUCUGCCUAAAAUGACUAAUGUGUGAUGUCGAUGGAAUAAAUGGCGUCCAAAGUCACAGAUGCUAUAGUUUGGUAUCAAAAGAAGAUUGGAGCAUAUGAUCAACAAAUAUGGGAAAAAUCUGUUGAACAAAGAGAAAUCAAGGGGUUAAAGAACAAACCAAAGAAAACAGCACAUGUGAAACCAGACCUCAUAGAUGUUGAUCUUGUAAGAGGGUCUGCAUUUGCUAAGGCAAAACCUGAAAGUCCUUGGACUUCUCUGACUAGAAAGGGAAUCGUUCGAGUUGUAUUUUUUCCCUUUUUCUUCCGAUGGUGGUUACAAGUAACAUCAAAGGUCAUCUUUUUCUGGCUUCUUGUCCUUUAUCUUCUCCAAGUUGCAGCAAUAGUUUUAUUCUGUUACGCUUCUAGUCCACAUAGCAUACCUCUGACGGAAGUGAUUGGGCCGAUAUGGCUGAUGCUACUCCUGGGAACUGUGCAUUGCCAAAUUGUUUCAACAAGAACACCUAAACCCUCUCUAAGUACAGGGGUUAAAAGAAGAAGGAAAUUAAGAAAAGCAGUCCACUUGGAAGUACAUAGAGAAGGAGAUGGUUCUAGUACCACAGAUAACACACAGGAAGGAGCAAUUCAGAGCCACAGUACAAGCACCUCUUACAGCCUUGGCACUAUCUUCAGAGAUCUCUGGCAUGCUGCUUUCUUUUUAUCAGGAUCAAAAAAAGCAAAGAAUUCGAUUGAUAAAUCCACUGAGACUGACAAUGGCUAUGUAUCCCUUGAUGGGAAAAAGACUGUUAAAAGCAGUGAAGCUGGAAUACAAAACCAUGAAUCUCUGUGUGAAACCAUUCGAUCAGAAGAGACAGCUUGGAACACAGAAACACUGAGGAACAGCAAAGAUGUCCAAAGGACAGUAACAAAUGUCUCUGAUGAAGUCUCCAGCGAGGAAGGUCCUGAAACAGGAUACCCAUUACGCCGUCAUGUGGACAGGGCUUCUGAAAGCAUUCUUCGGAAUAGAAAGUCACACCAUUAUAAGAAACAUUACCCUAAUGAGGAUGCCCCUAAAUCGGGUACUAGUUGCAGCUCUCGCUGUUCAAGUUCGAGACAGGAUUCUGAGAGCACAAGGCCAGAAUCUGAAACAGAAGAUGUAUUAUGGGAAGACUUGUUACAUUGUGCAGAAUGCCGUUCAUCUUGUACCAGUGAGACAGAUGUGGAAAAUCCUCAGAUUAAUCCCUGUGUGAAAAAGGAAUAUAGAGAUGACCCUUUUCAUCAGAGUCAUUUGCCCUGGCUCCAUAGUUCCCACCCGGGAUUAGAAAAAAUCAGUGCUAUAGUAUGGGAAGGCAAUGACUGCAAGAAAGCAGAUAUGUCUGUGCUUGAAAUCAGUGGAAUGAUAAUGAACAGAGUCAACAGCCAUAUACCAGGAAUAGGAUACCAGAUGUUUGGGAAUGCAAUCUCUCUAAUCCUUGGUUUAACUCCAUUUGUUUUCCGGCUCUCUCAAGCUACAGACUUGGAACAACUCACAGCACAUUCUGCUUCAGAACUUUACAUGAUUGCAUUUGGUUCUAAUGAAGAUGUUACAGUUCUUUCUAUGGUUAUAAUAAGUUUUGUGGUUCGUGUGUCCCUUGUUUGGAUUUUCUUUUUUUUGCUCUGUGUAGCAGAAAGGACUUAUAAACAGCGAUUACUUUUUGCAAAACUCUUUGGACAUUUAACAUCUGCAAGGAGAGCACGAAAAUCUGAGGUUCCACAUUUCCGGCUGAAGAAAGUACAGAAUAUAAAAAUGUGGCUAUCUCUCCGUUCCUAUCUUAAGCGUCGAGGUCCUCAGCGAUCAGUUGAUGUAAUUGUUUCAUCUGCUUUCUUGUUGACUAUCUCAGUUGUAUUUAUCUGUUGUGCCCAGCUGCUUCAUGUGCAUGAGAUCUUCCUGGAUUGCCAUUACAAUUGGGAGCUGGUAAUCUGGUGCAUCUCCUUAACACUCUUUCUCCUAAGAUUUGUUACUCUUGGAUCAGAAACAAGUAAAAAAUACAGCAAUACCUCAAUAUUACUUACUGAGCAGAUAAACCUCUACUUGAAAAUGGAGAAGAAACCUAACAAGAAAGAAGAACUGACACUAGUGAAUAACGUUUUAAAACUGGCUACUAAAUUGCUAAAGGAGUUAGACAGUCCCUUUAGAUUGUAUGGGCUUACAAUGAAUCCACUGCUUUAUAACAUUACCCAGGUGGUCAUCCUUUCAGCUGUUUCUGGUGUUAUCAGUGACUUGCUUGGAUUUAAUUUAAAGCUGUGGAAGAUUAAAUCAUGACAAUUCAAAGAAAAGAUGUGGCCACUUUUCCAGAGUAAGAGUACCGACUAAGCUGCCUGCAAGCAGUCACUGACCCUUUGCUUCAGGAGUCUCAGCUGGGAAAUUGAAGUGUUUACAUCAGACUGUCUUGUGCAAUUCUUAUAUUUAUUUUACUUGUUCACUGUUUUUUACAUUUAUUUUAGUUUUGUUUUUAAGCAUUGGUGUAUACUUAGUUGUUGAAAGGGUGAUAAAAAUGAUAUCCGGAUACUUGAGAUCCUGGUAAUUGCUCAGAAAUAAUUGACAAAAUUGCUGAUCCUGAAAACAGAAGCCAUUGCUAAGCACUGUUUCUCCAUCAAUGCCAUGAACUUGCCUUACUUGAGGAAAAAGUUUUUUAACUUUGGAAUAUUGCAUUGGAUUCAGCUAAGCAAAUACAGCAUUUUCUUCAGUAAAUUAAGAUCCAGUCAGGGUUUUUUUGAAUUAUUUUGGAACAAUGCCAGGUUCUACAUUGAUUAAGCUGCAGUUUAAGCACCCUUCAGUAUUAAUAUAUAUGAUGUUACAUAACAGGUCAACAAGUGCUCUUUGAUGAUAAAACUCUUAAUAGAGCAAUAAUUGUAAAUGGUUACCAUACUGUAAGAUUUUUUGAUAAAAAUUAACUAGUAAUAAUUGUAUUUAUUUGAAACACUGGGCUGUUUGCACAGCUCCAACUGUGCAUGCUCAAAAUGUGCACUUUUAAAAAUUGUUCCUUUUAAUGUACAUCUUUAUAUAUGGGAUAUGUUUUAGUGUACUGGGGCAUGAUAUGGUAUCCUUUUGAGGGAGGUAUAUACUCAUCUCACAAGUGAAGUGCCUAUUGAUAUUAUUAAGGUUACAUUAUGUUUACUCAAGUAAAAUCAUUUUCUCCCCAUGGUACACUAUUGUAUCGAUUCAUACCACGCUCAAAUGAAUACCUUUAAAAUAAGGACAAGAGCCAAUAAAGUAUUCCUCCAAUUGCUAGUUUUAAACUAGCUCCAAAUUUUCAGAAAAGACCACUUCAGCUUACAAACUCUUUCCUCUAAACUUAAUCUGGUGCAUCUCCCUCCCCACCCCUACUAUAUAAGGGCUAUUUUAGAUGCUUUUAACCUAGACAAUUAACCCCUCCAACAAUUUGCCAAGUGUCUAAAUGAGUACAUUAUCAUGUUGACAUGUUAGAUAAAUAGGGCAAAUAUGACAGUAUCGUAUCAUGCAUUGGGCCUUGGUUUUAAGUUAUAUUUGCACAAUCAAGAGUGUUUUAUGAAUUACAUGAAACAUGAAUUGUUUUUGAAAAUUUUUUUCUAAAACAAUUUAUUUGAAACAAUCCAGAAUUUUCUUGGUGCAAAGUGUAUCAUGUUGAAUAUCCUCACAUUUUUACCAUGUGUUAGGAAAUUUAAAAUAAUACAUUGUAAAUGAUUUAUUUGAUUGGUGCAGUUCUGAUCCCCAAAUCAUAAUCUUCAGAUCAGGAAUGUGUGGCAAACAGAGCCAUGUCAUAUCACUUUGCUCUUACCAUUCCUUUUGAUCUGCCUCAUUUCAGCCACAUGUGUAGUGUAUUUUCUUUCUAUAGAAAACAACAAAAAAGCAUGUUGUUUUAUUUGCCUAGGUUCUAAUGUGUUUAAUAAUGACCAAAGUGCAUUCUGAGGUUUCUCAAGGAAUGUAUUGCUGGAGCUUUAAGAACAUACUUAUUUUCUCAUGUGAAAAAUUAGGCUUUUUCUGAUCUGUUUCUUCCUCUAUUGUCUAAUGUUGAGGUUGUUUUUAGGAAUUAUAUUUUAUAAACUUUUCAACAUAAGGUACAUAACCUAUACAGAACUGAACAUUUUGCACAGAUUAUUGAAUAUAUUUUGAGAAAAAAAAGUACAGCAUGAGUUCUGUUAGGAAUAAAAGAUGAAACUAUUGUAGUUCUCUCACACACACACACAACCAGCUUAUUUCAGAAUGGGAAUAUUUUUGAGAAAAAUAGUUGAGUAUACUGAUUUAAGAAAAUGUUUGUUUUAGAUUGAAAUUCAUUUUAAAGUUGGGAGUUGAUUUGUUAAAUACAGUGUACCUCUCAGCAACUUAAUAAUAUGUUGAAUUGUGUUGCUAAUGUGGGCAGCAGUGGAGUACUAAAAGGAAAGUUUGUCAUGGUAAAAAGCAGUUUCAGAACAUUCAUAGUGGAACUGUUCAAAAUAGAAAAAUGGUAAUGCUCAUUGCUGCCUUGAAGAGUAUCAUGAAUGUAAGAAAUUGUAACAUAUCACAAAAUAUAGAAAAGGCAGUUCAAAGAUAAAAUUGUGGCAGAUACUGUGUGUUAACUCUUCUCUCUUUGACACAUGUUAUAUUUGAAAGUUUGAACAAGUCUAAAAUAAAAUGUUCUAUGACUGACAGUGUUAAACUGGAUGUUUUUUAUUUCUGUUGUUUUCAGUUUUCAAGUCAUAUACAUUACUUUGAUAAUUUGUAUUUACUAGAGCAUAAACUUUAAUUGCACCUAUUACAUUUGGGAAGGGUGGAAAUAAACUUCGUACAACUUCCCAACAUUUCAGAUUAUGUUAUAAUUCUUCAAUUAUGGAAGAAUAAGAAAACAUUCAGGAGUCUGAUCAUCAAACUGCUAUGACACCAUUAAUUCAUGUUUGAUUUUGAAUGCAAAACAUGUGGCAUGGAAUGUUAAA